AGAAGAGAGAGAGAGAGAGAGAGAGAGAGAGAGGGGAAAAAAAUCUUAGCUGCUCCACUGAUCAAAAGAGAGAGAGAGAGAGUGAAAUCCGAUCGUCGAUCUGUAGACGGACGGAUGAUAGGGGGGAUGGAGGGACAAACAGUUCGAUCUUCUUCCACACCCAACACCAACAAGCGAAGAUCCGAGUUCCUCAACAUGAUCAAGAGUGCUGCAUGUCUUAAUUCAUCAUCAUCGGAUGCUGGGAAAGGACGGAGCAAGUUGUCGAGUAAUAAAGUCGCGCAUGGUUUUCACUUGGUGGAAGGAAAAGCCGGCCAUGACAUGGAGGAUUAUCAUGUCGCAGAGUAUAGAUACGAGAAUAAUUGUGAGCUUGGCCUGUUUGCUAUAUUUGAUGGCCAUUUGGGAGACAGUGUUCCGAGUUAUCUAAAAGAUAACCUUUUCAACAACAUACUUAAAGAGCCUCUCUUCUGGAGAAACACCGAAGAAGCAAUAAAAAAUGCUUACCGCUCCACAAACAAGUAUAUUCUAGAGAAUUCCAGACAGCUUGGUCCAGGAGGUUCUACGGCAGUUACAGCCAUCGUCGUCGAUGGUAAAGAUUUGUGGAUAGCGAACGUAGGCGACUCGAGAGCCGUUGCAUGUGAGAGAGGUGAAGCUAAGCAGCUUACUGUCGACCAUGAACCUGAUUCCGAAAGGCCAAGGAUUGAAAAACAUGGUGGUUUUGUGACGACUUUUCCUGGUGAUGUUCCUCGCGUAAAUGGUCAGCUUGCUGUUGCAAGGGCAUUUGGUGAUCAAAGCCUCAAGGCACAUUUAAGUUCAGAGCCGGAUGUCAAACAUGUGCCUAUAGUUUCGGGCAUAGAGUUUGUCAUACUCGCAAGUGAUGGACUAUGGAAGGUUAUAAAAAAUCAAGAAGCUGUUGAUUUAGUGAAAUCCAUCAAAGAUCCCCGAGCUGCCGCAAAACGGUUAACGACGGAGGCGCUGACAAGGAAGAGCAAGGAUGAUAUUUCUUGCAUCGUGAUCCGUUUUAGAUGCUUAACUUAAAACCUUAGGAACAGGGGAAAAAUGGCUCAUGUGAUACAGCAGUAGGUUAUCUUAUUUGUCAUAUGGCUGUGUUUAUAGACUGCAUUUAAAUGAGAAAAAACAUACUUGUAUGUAGAGGCUUGCUGUGACACAUUUGUGUGUGUGUGUGUGUAUAUAUAUCUAUAUAUAUAUAGUAUAAUAUGCAUCUGAUAGAGAGGAGAAAUAGAUUGUAGUAAUCUAACUGUGGUUUGUUCAUAGUCUUCUUGUCGAAUCAAUUGUUCCUGUGUUCUGAUGAAGCUAUUAUUUUCUGUAGUCAA